ACACAGGACCUCUUCAUGGUGCAGAGUGUCCGCAACAUGGUAGUGUUUGGACGGAAUGGUGUAAAGCUCAGUUCACCCUCACCGACAAUGACUUAAACGUCGUCUUAAAAACUUGUAUGAGGUCACGAGUUUCACGAACUUGUGAUUUAAAGAGGAAAUUUCCAGGCAUUUUUAUUUGAUUCCACUUUCAUGUGUGAAGAUCGACAAUGGCUUCGUUGGCACAAAAGAAAGUUAUGAAUCUGGCCCUUCGCUUCUGCAGCUCCAGGUCUCAGUGGAUGCAACACAGGUUGCUUUUGGCAAAUUUGGUUCCAAACACAUCCCUUCACACUCAUGUCUGGCCCAGAGGUCACAGCCAGAUGACGAAUCGCAGCGACUCUGUGAGGUUUUAUUCGGGGGGCAGUGUUUAUAAAAUGGAAGAGAAGCAGGUGCAGUCCAGUGAAGCUGCAGAUUUAAUUUUGCCUAAUACGACUACUUCAGUGACUAGAAACGAGAUGCUAGACUUCGCAAACAAACUGGAAGGCUGUGGCUCCCCGUCAGACGUCCUAGAUCUCUCCUGUGAAAACCUGCCAGCUGCUUUUCACGUCAGCAGAUCCCUGAUGUACAUGUGGGACACCACUAAAAAGAUGCCUGACAAGCAGAAACACCAGGAGCUGCUCCUGAUGUUUGAGCAUCCUGCGUUCGAAAACCUGCUGCAAAAGGCCAUUAAGUGUGUGGGGAACAUGCGCCCUACACUUAUCAGUUUCUCCCUCCUGAGAAUGAUCAAACUUGGGGUUCCACAAAAAAGCUUUGUGAUCCAGACAUUUCUCCGCACCUGUCAGGAGAGACUGGGUGAGUUUGAUGAGAAGAGCCUGUCCAUCCUAGCCACCUGUCUGAUUGGAAUGGAGAGCUGCCCCAAUGUCACUGUGCUGAAGGAGUGCAUGAGACUGUUAAUUGAGGCCCGUCUUCCUGAGAUUAAAGAGGUGAAGCAUCUUCAAAACAUGAUGCUAAUGUUUGGGAAGGACACCCCGCGGAUGCUAAAAAAUAAAUUCAAGAAAAAGGCUUUAUCAAUGACAGAUCAAAUGCAUCCACAUGAGGCUCAGCUCAUGAUCAGUGUUCUGGGCAAAGUGGGCUUGGACUCCAAACCUUUGCUCGACAUCUGUAGUAAAAAGAUCAUAGGAAACCUCCAGAGAACUAAUUUCCCCCGUUUGAUACCACUCCUUCAAGCCUGUGAGGAGCUGCAGCGCUGUCCUACAGACCUGCUCACAGGCGUUUCAGACUAUGUGGCUUCUAAUUUGGAAAAGUGGACCAGCAAAGAGUUGUGCCUCUUCCUCAGUGCGUUUGAGAAACUCCGCUUCUGUCCCGCUUCUUUAUUGGAGGCAUUGACUGAGAAGGUGAUCACCGACCCAGAGAACUGGAGCAUCAUCACCCUCCUCUGUUUUCUUAGAGUUUACUCCUCUCUGAGUUAUGAUGCACAGCAACACAGAGAGCAGUUUCUGGAAAGACUCAGUCAGGGGUUAGACUCAUAUCUGCCUCAGAUUUCUGGGUGGAAUCUCCUACAAACUGUUUUCUCUCUGUGUGUCCUGGGUCACUUCCCCGCUGCACCGCUGGAGAAACUUCUGCAUCCCAGUACAAUCGAAGAACUCACUGCAUCAGGACUGAAGGAGAGACAAAGAGAAAUAUUUCAGAUGGUGGACCUGUGUUUACGCCUUGAUCAGCCGCAACUCCUGUGUUCACUGACGGUGCCCCUGUCAGUACUCGGGGAUCACGUGCCUGAUGCUCCGUCAGUCAAACAGUGGCUCUCAGAGAGCCUGAGAAGUGUAGUGGCAGAGCAGCCAGAGAGCAGGCUACAGGAAAUGGUGGUGGAGGAGAAUUUCAUAGUCAUAGAUGGUGUGAUAACGAUACCUCAGAGUGAGGCGUCAUCUCCAGCAGAGGGCAGUCAAAGAGUUGCAGUCAUUUGUCAGUCACCCAAGGCUUUUCACUUUGACACAUAUAAACCUCGUGGGGCUCUGGCCAUGAAGAUGCGCCACCUGAGGAUUCUGGGAUACCGACCUGUUGUGGUCAACGGGCCAAAGCUAAAGUUUGACUCCGAGGAGAGGAGAAGAGAUUUCCUCAGCAAACAGAUUUUCCCAGUACACCAACCAUCAACUAAUCUGGAGCAAGGACCAGAAAAACAACAACCACUAAGUCAAACAAAUACAGAAAAAUAAACUUAUUAUUGGUCUUAAAUAAAGAUACAUUUCAAAGAUG